GGGGGUGUGAUCGGGAGCGCUUUACAAAAGCAGAUUCGGACCGCCCCUCCCCAGGUUCGGACUUGCGAUAUCUUCCACGGAGGACGCUUGAGGCACUGGGCUUGGAAUCGCUGCCAUCAUGCCGGAGAAGGAAAACAACGAGAAGAGGGCCAAGUAUAAGGUGGAGGUCUGUGGCUAUCCCCUCAGCAUUUUCUUCAUUGUCAUCAAUGAGUUCUGCGAGCGUUUCUCCUACUAUGGCAUGAAAGCCGUGCUGGUCCUCUACUUCAGGUACUUCCUGAAGUGGGAUGAUGACUUGGCUACCUCCAUCUACCACACCUUCGUGGCCCUGUGCUACCUGACGCCAAUCCUGGGGGCCAUAGUCGCCGACUCAUGGCUCGGAAAGUUCAAGACCAUCAUCUACCUGUCCAUCGUCUACACCAUCGGGCAGCUCAUCAUGGCAGUCAGUACGAUUAGUGACAUCACAGGCACAAACAGCGAUGGAACUCCAAACGACAUCACAGUCCACGUCAUCCUCUCCAUGCUGGGCCUUUCCCUCAUCGCUUUGGGAACGGGUGGCAUCAAGCCCUGUGUUGCUGCUUUUGGGGGAGACCAGUUUCAGGACCAUCAGGAGAAGCAGAGGAGCACUUUCUUCUCCAUCUUCUACCUGUCUAUCAACGCUGGCAGCCUUCUGUCCACCAUCAUCACUCCCACCCUCCGAGCCACGGAGUGCGGAUCCUCCCACCAGCAGUGUUACCCUCUGGCGUUCGGAGUGCCGGCCGCCCUCAUGCUGGUUGCUCUCAUUGUGUUUAUCGCUGGGAGUGGAAUGUAUGACAAACCUGACCCGCAAGGGAACAUCAUACUGCAAGUCUGUAAAUGCAUUGGAUUUGCGCUGAAGAACCGCUUCAAGCACCGGAGUAGCGAGUUCUCCAAGCGGGAGCACUGGAUGGACUGGGCCUCUGAAAAAUAUGAUAAACUUCUCAUCGCUCAAAUCAAGAUGCUGGUGAAAGUGCUGUUCCUGUAUAUCCCCCUGCCAAUGUUCUGGGCGCUGUUUGACCAGCAGGGCUCGCGAUGGACCCUCCAGGCCACCACUAUGGACGGGAACUUUGGGGCGAUCACCAUCCAGCCAGAUCAAAUGCAGACUGUGAACCCAAUCCUGAUUCUGGUGAUGGUGCCAGUUAUGGAUAAUGUGGUAUAUCCCAUCAUUAAAAAGUGCCACCUGAACUUCACGCCGCUGAGGAGGAUGACAGUCGGCAUGUUCCUGGCAGCGUUGGCUUUCAUUGCUGCUGCUCUGCUCCAGAUUCAGAUUGACAAAACCAUGCCCAUAUUCCCGUCAUCCUCAGAGGGCCAGGUGAAGUUCCUCAACCUGAGGGACACACCGGUGUCUGUCAAAGUCAAUGAUGUGGAGGCAUUCCACACAGAACCAUUUAAGGCCACAGCCGACUACCUGACGUACAAUACAGACAAUAUUUCAGUAGCUUUGAACAUGGACAACCCUCAAACUUUCCCUUUACAAAAAGGACAACGGAAGACAUUUUUGAUAACACCAAACUUCCAAAAAUCGUAUAUGAUCGAUGAUUUAACCAGCAAACCAGAUCAAGGAAAAAAUGAGAUCAGGUUUGUCAAUGGCUUGGCUACUAAAGUCACUGUGUCCAAGGGAGACUUCCACCAAGAUAUCGGAGCUGCUGGCGUGUCGAACUCCACGAUAGUGUCACAAGGAAAAUCGACAUUCACCAUCACCUCUGAGAGACUGAAUUGCACUUAUUCCAAGGAUUUUGGUUUUGGAAGCUCUUAUACCUUCCUUAUAUCCAGCAAGUCGAGCAAUUGCCAGGAGACCAUUGUUCCUGUAGAGGACAUCGCGCCCAACAGCGUCCACAUGGCCUGGCUGAUCCCUCAGUACUUCAUCUUGACCACAGGGGAGGUGGUCUUUUCUGUGACGGGUCUGGAGUUCUCCUAUUCGCAGGCUCCUAGCAACAUGAAAUCAGUCCUGCAGGCAGGUUGGCUGUUCACCGUGGCCGUGGGCAACAUCAUCGUGCUGAUUGUGGCAGAGGCAGGUGCAGUUUCUGAGCAGUGGGCCGAAUAUGUGCUGUUUGCCUGCCUUCUGAUGCUGGUCUGCGUCAUUUUUGCCAUCAUGGGCUACUUCUACAUCUACGUGGACCCUGUGGAGAUAGAGGCCAAGUUUCUCUCAGGGGAGGACGACGAGAAAGACAAGAAUAAAGAAAAGGAUGGGUGGAACAUGGAGUCCAUUGAGCUGAACAAUGAUGAGAAGAAAACCAAAGUAUAAUCGGCAAACCACACUUUGCUUCUUACCCGAACUCAUUUCUGUGUUCUUCAUGUUGGCUUGAGUAUGUGCAGCUCCGCCCAGGAAGUCUACUUUGAACAACUGAGGUAGAAGAUUCAUUGUUAAGCUUACCUUAAAGUAAACGAGUUAAGAUGUCAUACAACAGUUAAUGGUAUUUCCUGGGGGGGUUCACAUGUAUUAAAAUACAGGACUUAAGAACCAGUUGCUCCAGUUUAAGGAGAAGGCAGACGGGAGCAGGAAUUUAAUGUCACUGCAUGAAACUUUUUACACCAGUCUUCCAGUGCUGUGGCUAAGAUUUUUAAUCUCCUAUUUCACCUGUAUUAGUUAAAAACAUUGUAUUUUUUUUUUACAAUAGAAACUUGCACGAUGUAGCAACAGUAAAGCUAUGUUCCCAUUAUUGUGACGGCAGAGAGUAAUUGUACGAAGAACAUUUAUAUGGUUUGUAUUUACAAAUUUGAUUAAUAUUCUAAUAUUUUUAUUAGCCAGAAAGUAACCCUGUGCACAGCCCAAAUUCCCUUAAGAAGAGGUCUUGUCCUGUUUCGCCGUGCUAAAUAACUUUCACGAAUCCAGUCUGUUAAUUAGAGCUAGUACAAAUAGUUAUCUUAUGUAUAAUGCUGUCUGGCUUUAAUAUGAUUGGAAAUUACUCCAACCCACAGUAUAACAAAAAAAA